CCGCGCCCAUAAAACCCGGUGCCGGGCUCUGCCCGCCAGCCCGCCGCCAUGCAGGGCGCCCCCCCGGCGGCGCUGCACCUCCUCACCUCCUGCUUCAUCGACGGCGUCGCGGGCCGGCGGCACGGCGAGGAGCGAGCGGAGCCAACGCCGCGGCCCGGCCCCGCCGAGGAGCCCUCAGCGGCGGGGCGCGGGGGGCGCCCGCCCGGCCAUGAGGCGGCGGCAGCGGGGGGCGGCGAGGCGCCGGCUCCGCUGAGGAGAAAGCAGCGGCGGUACCGCACCACGUUCAGCACCUUCCAGCUGGAGGAGCUGGAGCGAGCCUUCCGCAAGUCCCACUACCCCGACGUGUUCACCAGGGAGGAGCUGGCCGGCCGCCUGGAGCUGACCGAGGCCCGCGUCCAGGUCUGGUUCCAAAACAGAAGGGCAAAGUGGAGGAAACGUGAAAAAACUGAAAUUCUGGGGACUGUUCCAGGAAUCUCCUUAACGCACCCACUUGGUCUAUUUUUGGAUGUUCCACUGAGUCAUUCCCCCCUCCUAGAUCACACGUGGAGGUCAAUGCCUUUUUCAACAUUGGCUGUGCCAUCCAUGUCUUCAGCCUUUAGUCCUUCAACCCUAGGGCCAUUUGGCCUCAGCAGCCUUACCUGGACUUCUCUCUUCAGAAAUCCUAUUUUAAAUCCACAUUUUGGAAGGUUUCUCAAUGCUUUAAAUCCUCUCAUGACAACAGCUUCAGUACUAAUGAAAGCUCCUGGACCCCCGUCAGACCCUGCUCUUACUGCCUUCACUGAUCCAGCAGCAGUUGAAAGGAAAACGUCGAGCAUUGCAGCACUAAGGCUCAAAGCGAAAGAACAUUCAGCACAAAUCCCUCAAUUAAACCUCAUCUCCAGUCUUACAAACACUAACAAAGAACUUUGUUAGGAGCUCUCCCACAGACUGCAGCCAGAGAGGGGAAAGUGAAUGCCUUCCCCAAUAAGUAGCACCCAGAGACAUUUAAAAGAAAAAGGCGAAAACACACACAUCCAGCUGUAGUUCCUCCACUUUCAGCAAUGGAUUAGAAGGAGAUAACCCUGCUAAAAAUUUCCCUUCAUUACAACAUGAAAUCCUGUGGCAAGUUGACUUUGUCAUCGUUUUGAUACAGAGUGAAUUUCUGACACUACAGAAAUAAGCAGGAACUGCCCUUGUCUUUAUAACUCAGGCGACAAUGAAACUGAAGCUUUGAAAUCCCUGAAGUCACUGGAUGCUAGUCCAAAUGUUUGAAAUUCUUCGUAGGAAUAACUUCCGUCUUACAAGCAAUUCUUAACUCAUUUCUCAGGAGGAACUCUUACAUACAGACUUUAGAUGUAAGAACCAGUACAUGGUAUGUUCUUAACUUUGAAAACAUGCUUCAUGUUGAAGUACAGAUGCCAGUGAACCAAUGAAGUCGCACAUUUUAGACAGACUUAGCAGGAAGGAGAUGUAGACUAUUUUCCGUAUAGGCUCUCGAUUCAGAACUAGGUUUGUAUAAAGUAUAUCUUGUUUCAAUCAAGAAAUGUUUAUGUUCAGAGUGGCAAUGUUUUAAUAAUUAAAAAAUACACUUUGUAUUUGAAAACUGUACCCUGUGACAAUAGGUUAUUGAUGUGCAGUAAGUUGUGUGUAGUUCCCAGUGCACAUCCACGUAUCAGUUAGUAGCCAAUAGCUGUAAAUAUGAGGUUACUGAAUACUUUUAGCAUGACUAGUGGCACGUAUUACAAGACCACUAAGCUAAGAGAUCGCUUGUACAUUUCCAUGUUUCAUGCCUUGAGUAGAUUGAGAAUUUAAGCAAAAACUAAAUGUGAAGUGUUAAGUUCUUCCUUGGACUGAUGUUGAAAUGACUAAACAGAGGUUCUGCUAACCAGAAGUCUAUAGUUCAGCAAAAUCAUGAACUCCUUUUCUGGCUUUGGACAAAUCCUUUCAAAGUUUUUGCUGAACUUCCCAUCCAUCAGACAGACUGCGAACAACUACCCCAGCUAUAGGCUUUGCAGCUUACUUGCCUACCUCACAGGGCUGUUGUGAGGACUGAUUAAACAAACGUGACAGAGCUACCCAAGUGCUCAUUGUUGCUUAGCAGUUACAGCAGAAAGGCCAACAGCUAAGAACACCUGCAGAUUACCUUUCCCAAGGCUGUAGUGACACUCCAAGCAAGUUCUGCUGUGGGUUGAUGCGACAACAUGGAACUCGCCCAUUGAUGCUGUCUGGUUCCUAAAGACCAAUCACAAGCACUAAAUUCAGAAGAGAUUUUGUAAAUUUUAGAACUUGUUUUUCCUCACAGCAACUCUGGGACUACUCUUGAGACUAUCAAAGAUGUGUUCUAGGCUGGGGUUUUGAGUGCAGAGCUCCAGAUACCCAACUGCUGCUUCUAUAGACUUCUCUGAGCUUGUAUUUAGGUUUGUGACUGAGAAAGAUGGUUUGCUGCAUCAGGUAGAUCUGUUUUUCAUUUCCUCUGAACUAUGCUUGGACUGCUCUUGGGCUGUAACCUACCACAAGUCUGGAAGUAUUUCUGGAUUCACAGAUCUCAGUUACCACAGGUGGGAGGUGGUGGUGGUUUACUGUUAGGAAAAGCAAGCUUUGUACCCCAAGUAUGCAGGCUAGUCCUGCUAUGUGGGUCAGGCAGCAGAAGAUGUGGAAGGCAAUGUGACCAAGACCUCUCACAAAAAAUUUGUGUGCGUUUCCUUCCACAACAGCUAUUCACUCUCACCAGUCUCCUCCCAUAGCCCAGGGUGCCAGCUGGCAGCACAACACAGUAUCCACUCAAGCACUGGGUUUGUUCCAAAUUAACCUUUUAAGUAGGUUAAUGGUUUGAAAACUGCCAGCACACAAUUCACAGAGUAGAACGUGGCAUCUUUCCUUGCCAUCAGUGUCACUCCUGCAAGGUGAGGAGGUUCUGCAGGAAAGCACUGUGCCAGUGUUUCAUUAAAGUAGCAGGAACUUUAGAAACAGCACAUGAAAAAUAACUGCUGAAGGCUGGUUUGAAUAAAUAGCAUGAAACAGGAAGUUCUCACAUUCACCAAAAACUUUGACUACAGGGCCAUCAAAAUUUCACCCCGAAAAAGCAAAUUCACAAGCUAAAAUUCCCUUGAUUUCAGCAGCUAAAUGCAGAGGUAACUUUUAUCUGUCAAAGUUUUUCUAAUAGCUAUGGACAUGAAUGUUUUCAGGGGCAGCAAUACUCUGAGGCAAGUAACUUCACUUAUUUGUACUAUAGCUUGUACCAGACCCAGCUCUAGGAGCUGCUACCUUUACACAGCACAUACAGGCACUUUUACAUCGGCCACAGACCCCUCAAAAUUAGAGGCUUGGAUACCAGGUCUGGUUCCUAAACCCCUCCCCAGGUUGAUUUGCCGUUGCUCUUUCCAGAUUCACCUUACAAGAAGUUACCCUCUGACAACACCCUCCUCUCUUACUGCAACCACCUGCUUGGUACUGCUCCUCUGCCAGCCUAACUUCUCCUGAAUUUGUCACACCGAGUCGGGGAAGAGGGAGGGACUCUGGUGCAUAUUUAUCCAUGGCUCUGUGGCUUCAAGCCACUGCGCCCUUCUUAAUAUGGGGAAGGAUGGCAAAGGGAAGUACCCUGCUUAUUCUGUUAUAUACAGGUUAAAUAAAAGCUGCCAUUCCUAUGCCAUUUGGGUGGAAGAUGGUGUCUGCAGACGUUAGCAUCUCAGUGGGUGCAAGCAGGGAAUACAGCUCGUUGACGUGUCACCUGUUUUUAGUUUGAAAUGCAGAAGUAUUUUUUAAAAACCUGAUUUCACUUUUUCUGCUUUAAUGACUGCUUCCAAGAAAUUUCUGUUCUUUCAUGUGAAUUAAAAAGCCAGCUGUGAGCGCUAAUGAUAUUAUGAAAAUAAAUAUGCAGGGCAACACUUGAAAUCAGCUUAGGAAUCAAAGUACACCUGUAACCAGAACUCAGCAAGCCUUUCAUGUUAAUUAUUGCUAUUUUUUAACAAAAUAUCACACCAAGGAAGAAAGCUUACCUGUUUAGAAAUGUUACUUUAUUUUAAAUGUAAAUAAAGAGGAUUAAAAGUU